CACCAGGAGGCGCUAGAGCGCAACAGUCUCACCAAAAAAAGAAAAACUUAAAGAAGCUUCACUAGGCGUGCUCAAAGUACGCCAAGUAAACCUGAGAUAUUCAGUAAGAAUGAUAUUCUAAAAGUCAAACUAACGUUUAAUAAUGCGACCGGCUCUCCUCCUGAACAGACAGCAGUUUUAGAGUUUGUUGUGCGGGAAAUUUUGUGAUGGCUACUACUGAGAUAGAAUCUGGGUCUUCUGAAAGCAGAUCAGAGCAUGGAACCGCAGACCCUGAUUCGAAAUACCCACUGAAGGUUCUUUAUUGUGGAGUGUGCUCCCUUCCCACAGAGUAUUGUGAGUACAUGCCCGAGCCAGCCAAAUGCAGGCAGUGGCUUGAGAAGAACUUUCCAGAUAUUUUUGCCAGGAUGACUGUAGCAUCCAACGCCCCAAAGCAGGAGUCCGGCACUGGUGAGGCGCCCCCUGCAGGCGAGGAGGAGGAGAAGAAGAAACAGAAGAGGGGUGGGAGAGGCCAGAUCAAACAGAAGAAGAAGACGGUGCCUCAGAAAGUCACAAUAGCAAAAAUCCCGAGAGCCAAGAAGAAAUACGUGACGCGGGUGUGCGGCCUGGCGACUUUCGAUAUCGAGCUUAAAGAGGCGCAGCGGUUCUUCGCCCAGAAAUUCUCCUGCGGCGCCUCUGUGACGGCAGAGGAUGAGAUUAUCAUUCAGGGAGAUUUUACAGAUGACAUCAUCGACGUCAUUCAAGAGAAGUGGCCUGAGGUGGACGACGACAGCAUCGACGAUCUGGGUGAAGUCAAGAAGGAAUUACCGGGAUUUCUCGCUCUCGGCGAUGGCCGCAGGGCAAACACGACGACUCCCCUCCGCACACAGACACCUGCGCCGUUGUCUGUUGACUCAUUCGGCAGCGGGUCACCCACCGGUCACAGGAUGAAUCUCAGCCAGCCGGCCGUCUGCUGCGCCUUCGAGUCGCCCGUCCUGGACCGGGUCCUGCCCCCCAUCCUCAUCCUGGAGUUCAUGUUCGGGCUGAUGGGGAACAUCCUGGCCCUGUGGAUGUUCGUCUUCCACAUGGACACCUGGAAGCCCAACGCCGUGUACCUGACCCACCUGGCCGUGGCCGACUCCAUCGUGCUGUUCUGCCUCCCGUUCCGGGCCGACUACUACCGGAGGGGCAAGAACUGGAUCUACGGGGACGCCCCGUGCCGGAUCCUCCUCUUCCUGCUGGCGGCCAACCGGGCGGCGGGCAUCUUCUUCCUCACGGCGGUGGCCGUGGACCGCUACUUCAAGAUCGUCCACCCGAGGAACCCCAUCAACAACCUGGGCCUGGGCUACGCCCUGUGGGUGUCGCUGGGCCUCUGGGGCCUGAUCUUCCUGGCCACCGGGUACCUGCUGGCCGACGAGCACUUCUUCUACAACGGCAACCGGACGCAGUGCGAGAGCUUCAACAUCUGCAUGGGCUUCACCCCGCUCUCCACCUGGCACAACACCUUCUACGUCGUCCAGUUCUUCCUGCCCACCGCCAUCGUGGCCUUCUGCACCGUGCGCAUCACCUGCCAGCUGAAGAACCGGACCCUGGACAAGAAGGGCAAGAUCAAGCGGGCCGUGCAGUUCGUGCUGGCCGUGGCCCUGAUCUUCGUCACCUGCUUCUUCCCCAGCACCGUGUCCCGCAUCGCCGUGUGGAUCCUCAAGGUGUGGUACGACGAGUGCCGCUACUUCGAGGAGGCCAACCUGGCCUUCUACACCUCCGUGUGCUUCACCUACUUCAACAGCGUGCUCAACCCCGUGGUGUACUACUUCUCCAGCCCGGCCUUCAGCGGCGCCUUCAACAAGGUGCUGAACAAGCUGCUGGGGAGAAGCGAGGACAAAGACGACCAGGCGGCGUCCUCCUCCGACAACAAUAUCUCCACUGUUGACGGUCGGAUG